AGGAUCUGGCUUCCGCUUUCCCGCAAAAAUAGAACACCCCAAUACCUCUCUCCCUCCAUCUCUAAAAUUUUGGUCUUUGCAGUUUCUCUCUCUAGGAAAAUUCGGAAAAAAAAGGUGCGAUGCAGAAUACGACUGCCACCGACGCCAGCUUAGUUCGUUAUUGACCUCCUUCUCCGAUCGAUUCAGUCUAAGCUCACUUGACAUGUCUGCUUCUCUGCACUCAAAUGCAAAUUGGUGAUUGUUGCCGGAAAGCCAUGCUAAUGUAGUUUUUGAGAAUCUGGGAGUUGAGUGUUGACGGGGCUGUUCGUAUUACCAAUGGGUGUGGGCUACUUAGCAAUUUCAGCAGCAUCCACAGCUUUGAGCUUUGUGGGUCUACAAUGUUGGGCAGAGUUGUCGCUAGACAAACUAAAAUCAGAUGGCUUAAUUGAUGAGAUUUUUAGUAGCCCAGAGAAUGCCAACCAAGCUCUUGAGUUGGUGUGGGGUUCUUAUGCUACUGUUGCGCUGCUGGCGAAUUUUGUUUUUAAUGCAUUCAUUCUACUUAAUCUUUGUCUUAAGACUAUAUUCUUUGUGGAACUUUACCCUUCUGAAACUCGAAAACUCAUGGAACGUCUUGUUAAUUAUGUUAUUUACAAGGGGACAUUUCUUCCAUUGGUUAUUCCAGCAACAGUAUUUCAAGCAGGCUUGUGGUUGAUCUGGUUGACUGUUCUCUGUUCUUUAAAGAUGUUUCAAGCUUUGGCUAGAGAUCGACUUGAACGUCUGAAUGCAUCUCCUUCUGCAAUGCCAUGGACUUAUUUUCGUGUGUAUUCGGUACUUUUGUUGGUCUUGGCUGUAGACUUUUUCUGGAUAAGGCUGUGUUUGGUGAUUUACAGAACAUUGGGUUCAUCCAUGUUUCUAUUAUUGUUCUUUGAGCCAUUCAGUAUUGCGUUUGAGACUAUGCAGGCGAUGUUGGUACAUGGCUUUCAGCUGCUUGAUAUUUGGUUCCAUCAUUCUGCAGGGAAUAGUACAAAUUGUCAAAGGUUCAAACUUUUUGAUGCAAUAGCAGCAGGUUCGUUGACCGAGUGGAAAGGCUUUCUUAUCCGAAAUUUAGGGUUUUCCCUUGACUUGGCAACUUUGUUAAUGGCACUUGGUCAUUACAUUCACAUUUGGUGGCUUCAUGGUGUGGCAUUUCAUCUAGUGGAUGCAGUCCUUUUUUUGAAUAUACGUGCCUUGCUUAGUGCUAUCAUAAAGCGUGUAAGAGGAUAUGCCAAACUAAGAGUAGCUUUAGGUGCUCUUCAUGCAGCUCUUCCUGAUGCAACAUCUGAAGAGCUACGAGCAUAUGAUGACGAAUGUGCUAUCUGCAGGGAACCUAUGGCUAAGGCGAAGAAGCUACAUUGCAGUCACCUUUUUCAUCUUGCAUGCUUGAGAUCCUGGUUGGAUCAGGGUUUAAAUGAAAUGUACUCAUGUCCCACUUGUCGGAAGCCACUUUUUAUAGGCAGAACUGAAAAUGAAGCAAACCAUCACCGUGGAGACAUUUCAAGUGAUGAGCAGCUUGCUCGUCAAAUUAGUGAAGGGCUUGAUCAGCAGACAGCUGCUACUCGACCUGUAGGGGUAUUCACAAAUCAGACCCAUAAUUCUAUAGAAGGCAUCCCUUGGAGAGGCGCAGGUUUGGAUCCAAGCCGGUUGCAUACUUGGCCAGGCCAGGGUGUAGAUGGGGCUGGUCCCUCUACUGCUAUGAGAUCAGUGGGACUAGGUAGAGUUCAAAUGAUGAUGAGACAUCUUGCAUCUGUAGGUGAAACCUAUGCGCAAACUGCUCUUGAGGAUGCUACUUGGAGCCUGUGGCCUAUGAAUCCCUCUCAAGCUGUUGCUUCUGCAUCUUCUGUCUCUCCUGCUACUGUUGGAAGAUCAACCGGAGGUACUGGUGGUUUACACAUGAGGACUGCCUCACGCUCUGCAAGUGACAACAUAGUAAACAUGCUUGCGAUGGCCGAGACAGUACGGGAAGUUCUGCCUCACAUUCCAGACGAGUUGAUACUUCAGGACUUGCAGCGAACAAAUUCCGUCACCGUCACUGUGAACAAUCUUCUUCAGAUGUGAAAUCAGUAAUGUUAGCACAUGUUUUUUUUGUGCUUCAAGCAGUCGACCUGCCCUUUGUAUACCGAGUAUCUGUAGGUUUAGAGCAGCGCACUAAUCGAGCUUGGUCAAUUACCCCCCAACCCCUAUCAUGUCAUUUCAAUUUUUGCCUUUUUUUCAAAUGUCUACAAGUUUCAUUCUGUGUAUAUAUAUGAAGUCGUUUUUAUUUAUAAAAGAAGGGGAAAGGCACACUA